UCUUCCUGGCCCCCAAAUCACCCUCUCCACAGUUUUCAACAUGACCACCACACUCUCCACCGCCACCGACCACCCUUCGCCACCCUCCUCCAUCCCAACCGUUAUUGACCUAACCACCCUCUCCCAAUCCGACCUCUACACUCUCUCUCAAUCUUCUUCAUCCUCAUUCGAUCUCCAAAACGACGUCGUUAUCCCCAAAAUCAAUCACAAUGUUUUCAACGAAUCCGCCGGCAGCCGUAAACAAACCUACUCACGUUUCCGUCUUCCUUCCGCCGUCCACCGCCGUACACACCACCUCCGAGGUGGGUCCCACACCCUUUCACUUAACGAUCCCGAACAAGCUGAAAACACCCAAAUUAUAAACAUCCUAAAACACUUUUGUAAAUCAAAUAAUUCUCUCGAGUUUCACGAUAUCGAUAAAUUCGAUAACAAUAAUAGUGUCGAGUUAGCCGAGUUUUUAAAUUCGGAGAAAAAUAGGAAACGGAAACGUGGGAGGCCCAGGAAACAUGAAAAUGUCGUGUUCAUUAGGCCGCCGAAUAAACGAGUUAGGAAUAGUGGAAAUGGGAAUAGUAAUAAUGGGUUUGUUAAGAAAGAAGUUGUGUAUGAUGUUGAGAGAGAUAAAGGGGUUUUGAAUGAGAAAGGGGUAGUGGUGGAUUUAGGAAAGUUAUCGGGUUUGGAUAAUCCGUAUGGGGCGGAGAUUACGAGAAGGACGGUCGGAAUGGGGAGUGAAGACGAGUUGUUGGGUUUUUUGAGAGGGUUAAAUGGACAAUGGGGGAGUAGGAGACGGAAAAGGAGGGUAGUCGACGCAAGUGAGUUUGGUGAUGUUUUGCCGAAAGGAUGGAAGUUGAGUUUGUGUAUUAAGAAGAAGGAAGGUCGGAUUUGGUUGUUUGUUCGACGGUAUUUGAGUCCUAGCGGUCGGCAGUUUGAGUCAUGCAAGGAUAUAUCUUCAUAUAUGAUGUCGAUUAUUGGAGAAGAAAACUUGGAAAAGCAAAAUCACGUAAACAUUAACAGUUCUGAAUAUUCUGCUUUGAAAGGACCUUCUGUGAAUGAUGUGGAUCUUGUUCUACAAGAAGACACCAAAAUAGAUGGCCCCAUUGAUCAUCCGUCGUCAUCACUAUCACCAUCACCGUCAUCAUCAUCGUCUCCAACACCAUCUUCACUAUCAGCCCCACCUGUACCUGCAAACUGCGAGGAGCAAGUCACAUUGGAUGCGAUGGAGGUAGUGGCAGGAGGAGAUGUGAAAAAUGACCAUAUGGGGUGCAAUGUGAAAAAUGAAAGAGAGAAAACCGAACCGUCAGUAGUGUUGGUGUCAGAAAUGGAUUGUGAUCCUGUUCUGAUGACUGGAGUUCCAAACAGAGAGUCCUUAAUAUCAGUUUCUGUUGGAGACAAUGUUGUAAUUGAAGCUGAUGAUAUACAUUCUGGUGAAAUGCAGGGACCUGCUUCUCCUUGUGACCUGAACAAAAGAAAUUCCGGUGAUGAAUCCGAUACUGAUGGGUUUUUUAGUGACCUUAACAUUGAAUCUCAUAGUAAACAUGAUGGACAUACCAAUGCAGAUAUAAAUAAUUUUAUUGAAGAAUCAUGUGACAUGAAUGAUGAAGUUUCUAGACCAGACCAAGUUUCUGAAGCUGCUGUUUCGCAGUCGGAACUUUUAGGUGACGAAGUCCUAUUUUCUAUUGAUGAGCGCAACAGAAAGCCUGACACUUCUGGUGAAAUGCGUGUUGAUUGUGGUGACAUUAAGUCAGAUUGUAAUCUUGAUCAGGUUGUGAAUUCUGGAAAUGUCCUGCACUCUUCAUCUCCAGUUGAACAGGGAGGCCAUGGUAUUGGGACCGGCAACAUUACUUUAUGCGCCACUGAUGAGGUGCUCAAUCAAGAUACUGGUAGUGCCACCAGUGUUGGAGUCCUUGAUCCUGUUGUCUCUGAAACCGGGAUUCCUACAAAAACAAGCAUUUGCGAUGAAAAGAGUGUUGAUACAAACAGGGAUAUGGAUAUCGGUAAUGCUUCUCAUGAUUCAGCAUCUGAAAAGGAUAGAGUUUUUGGUGAGUCAUCAUCCGGGUUUUUCCUUGAUCGUUUUGGGCUUGAUAAGGAUGAAGCAAGAGUGGCCGAGAAGCUUUCUACUAGGUCUGUUGAUAACCUUUCACAUGGCACUUAUAAUGAUGUAAAUAAACCCUUUUCUGGUAUGGAAAGCUCCGGGCUAGAUGGACAAUUUAAUGUGGGGACGAUUACUUUUGGAAGUUCUGGUGCAGCAAGUAUGGAAGGCAUGGCUGCCUCUGAGGAAGAAAGUGAUUUAAAUAAAACUCUUGGGAGUGACCUCCCAUUUUCUUCGAUGGAUGAACCCAUGAUACAAAUAACUUCUGAAAGCAGCUUACUUCUAUCUGGUGGUGGGCAAGCUGCAAAUAAAUCAGAGGAAACCAAUUUAGAGGACUUCGAUAUUUUUAGGAACAAUGAUGAAAAACAUAAUGAAUCAGGAGAUGUUUUGGGUUUUAAUAAAAAAAGCAAUCUUGAGUUUUGUUCACUUGUUCCAUCAGAAAAUGAGCAUGCAUUUGGGUUCCAGGAUGAUGUAACUAGUCUGUAUGAAAAUACAAUGGAUGAAUGCAAGGAGGAGAGUUCCGAAAGAGGAUUGCUUGAUCACUUUUCUGAUGACAUUUUCGAGAAUAAGAUGUAUUCCACACCUUUGGAUGGGCUCAAAUUUGAUGCGGACAGAGAUCUUAACAGCAAUGAGUUAAGUCUUGCUUUUGGAAACCCUCAUGUUUCAUCAAAGAUGGAAGAAGCUUUUGAUGUUCAUACUAAUUUAAGUAUGGUCAAUAGUAGUAUGGUGGACGAUCUCAAAGUAGGAAGAGGUUCAAUGGGUGGAUUAUUUAAUCUUUCCAGCAACAUUGAAAAUAGUAGCUUUCAUAAUGCAUGGGAGGGAAUUAAACCAGAUGCGUUUAAAAAUUCCGGAAAUAAGUUUACUACUGGUUUUGGAAGCAAUCAUGGCGAAACUCAUAAAGAGUUUAAGAAUUCAGGGAAUAAGUUUACUACUGGUUUUGAAAGUAAUCAUGACCAAACGCAUAAAGAAUUUAAAAAUGUGGGAAACAAGUUUUCUUCUGGUUUUGGAAGCAAUCAAAGCCAAGUUCAUCAAGAAUUUAAAAGUUCAGGAAAUAACUUUUCUGCUGCUUUUGGAAGCAAUCAUGGCCAACCUCGUCAAGAAUAUCAGAAUUCAGGAAAUAAGUUCACUUCAGGUUUUGGGAGUAAUCAUGGCCAACCUCAUCAAGAAGUUGUCCCAAGUGGUAUGUGGAGAACAGGUGAUUUGAGUCAAUUGCAAUCCAACACUUCACAUGCAGAGAUCCCAUCUUCUAGCUCUUUUCACUCCUUCAAUAUAAUGCCGGAUAAGGCUCCAGAUGGGCAGUUUAGACUUGACGGAAGGUAUAGUGAAGGUUUUGGUCUGAGUGGGCUGCGAUCAGGUAGACCUGAACCCGUGGAAUUCAGUUUCUUAACAGGUAGAUCACAACAUAAUCCACUUCCAAUUCAAGGGGAUCCUAGGAUCUUCUCUUACAAUCCACCAAUGGAGCAACAGUUCGAUUCCAACUUUUGGCUUGGAAAGAACACAAUGAUGCCAAAUCAGGCAGGAAGAAAUCAGAUGACAUGUCUCUGUCCCUGGUGUGGAAAUGAAUUUCAUCUCCAUCCGGGUCAUUCUGUGACUCAAGGUGGAAUGGGUCCUCUGUGCCCAACUUGCAGUGCAAGGGUGUCAGGACGUGUCAAUAUGCUGUAGAAUGAGUAGUCAGUAGAUGCAUCUGCUUUCCGCUGGGCACCAUUUCUUCAAGUACACAAGGCUAACAAGAGGUCAAGAUCUGAGUUUGGCAUAUCUGCUUAAAAGAAAGCAGUUUUUCCUGAAUCUUUGGUCACCACCUCUGGUAUGCUUCUUGAAAGCAGAUUCUGACAUAGUUAUGGCUAAUAUUUCUAGAAUUUUAUUUACUUUGUAAAGACAAAUGUUAGGAAGUCUUGCUUUUCAAGCACAAUCAAGAUUGGCCCGAAUGAAAAAUUGAGAAUGAAAUUGGUAGUUCGGUUGCCUCUUUUUCUCUGUGUUAAGUUUGAAAGGUGAUGCAUCUAUAUUUUGGAUGCUUUUCAACCUGUUUAACCCUUUCAGUUCAUUUGACUUUCUUCACUUUCAGCUAUUACUGUUUGUAUCUAA